AUGGCCAACACAACAGAACACGACUACGAUUACCACACGAGUAGCGACGAUAUCGAGUCACAUGAACAAGUUGGUGGCGCCGAUAACGCAGAGCCAAUCGCGCCACUAGCGAAACAAAGUACCGCAGCAUCAGGAAUAUCGGUCUUUGAAGAACGUGCGCAAUCGAUAGUAUCACGAAUCCGCAGUCGAGACCCAGGACAAGUCGCAAAAUUCACGCAUCCCCUCUCGCAUACGAAAACAAGCCCCGAUGUCAUUGUCGAUUUCGAUGGUCCCGAUGACCCGUACCGGCCAUUGAACUGGGGUGUUAGGAAGAAGUGCGUGACAACGGUUCUAUACGGAUUGACAACAAUGGGCACGACUUGGGCGAGUUCGAUCUUUUCAACGGGCACGGAUCAGAUUUCCGCCGAGUUUGGGAUUUCCACCGAGGUUGCGACCCUAGGAACGUCGCUGUUGCUGUUCGGCUUAGGGCUGGGUCCACUGGUUUGGGCUCCGCUGUCCGAGGUUUAUGGGCGCAAGCCAGCUGUGCUGGCUCCGUACUUCAUUGCGGCGAUUAUGUCGUUUGGAACUGCUGUUGCGAAGGACACGCAAACGAUCAUGUUGACCCGGUUCUUUGCGGGCUUCUUUGGUUCCGCGCCUGUCACCAAUACUGGUGGUGUUCUGGGUGAUAUCUGGAGCCCAGAGGACCGUGGUGCUGCCAUUGUGGGCUAUGCGAUGGCAGUGGUGGGUGGUCCUGUUCUCGGCCCCAUUGCUGGUGGUGCGAUUUGCCAGAGCUAUCUGGGUUGGCGAUGGACCCAAUACCUCACCGGUAUUAUGAUGAUGUUCUUCCUUGUAAUGGACCUGCUUUUCGUCGAUGAGAGCUACCCGCCUGUAUUACUAGUAAACAAGGCGCGCCGCCUUCGUUUCCAAACCGGCAACUGGGCCCUCCAUGCUCGUCACGAGGAAUGGGAUGUUACAUACAAAGAGCUGGGAAAUAAGUAUUUGAUCCGCCCAUUCGCCCUCCUCGCAACACCCAUCUGCUUCCUUGUCGCCCUCUACGCCUCCUUCGUCUACGGUAUCCUAUACCUCAGUCUUGCAGCCUUUCCAAUCGUGUUCCAAGAGAUCCGCGGCUGGAACCAAGUCGUUGGUGCCCUCCCGUUCCUCGGCUACCUAGUCGGUAUCCUCAUGGGUGCUGGUGUUAACCUGGCCAACCAAAAAUUCUACAUCAAACGCCUCAAAGCAAACAACAACCGCGCCGUUCCCGAGGCGCGCCUCCCACCAAUGAUGCUCGGCUCGGUCUUCUUCGCCGCCGGCAUGUUCGUCUUUGGCUGGACGAGCCCGAAGCAUAUCCAUUGGAUCGCCCCGGUCAUCGGCGCCGUAAUGAUGGGCUUCGGAUUCUUCACUAUCUUCCAGGCUGCGAUUAACUACCUGGUCGACACGUUCCAGAAAACGGCCGCCAGUGCGAUCGCCGCGAAUACGUUCCUGCGCUCCAUCUUCGCUGGUGCGUUUCCGCUGUUCACUACUGCCAUGUUCCAUAACCUUGGUGUUCCGUGGGCUGCCAGUGUCCUGGGUUUUAUUGCCCUUGCGCUUAUACCUAUUCCGUAUCUGUUCUACACAUACGGAAAAAGGAUUAGAGCGCGCGGAAAGUGGUCCGCCGCCUCUGUUUAG